ACCUGCUGGGGAGUUACGUCCCUUGAAUACAGCCAACAUGGCAGCCCACAGUUUGAGCAAAGUGUUUCGACCAAAUGUCUGCCGUCGUCUUCUGGCAAAUGGCAGAGGCAGUGUCAGUGCAACUCGAAGCUGUUCGUACUUUCCAAUCGACGACAGUUUGUACAAUCUGGCUGAAGAACAGCGACAGCUACGACAGAGUGUUUUUCAGUUUGCACAGAAAGAGCUGGCCCCAAAGGCUGGGGAAAUUGAUAAAACCAAUGAUUUCAAAGAUAUGAAGGAUUUCUGGAAAAAAUGUGGAGAACUCGGUCUCCAUGGAAUCACUGCUCCAAGUGAGUAUGGAGGAUCCGACAUGUCUUACCUGGACCACUGUCUUGUCAUGGAGGAACUGUCUCGAGCAUCGGCUGCCAUUGCCCUCAGCUAUGGGGCUCACUCUAACCUCUGCAUCAACCAGAUAGUUCGCAAUGGCAAUGAGGAACAGAGGAAGAAGUAUUUACCCAAGCUGAUCAGUGGAGAACAUGUGGGGGCUCUAGCCAUGAGUGAGCCAAACAGUGGCUCCGAUGUUGUGUCCAUGAAACUGAAAGCUGAAAAGAAAGGGGACCACUAUGUACUGAAUGGUAACAAGUUCUGGAUCACGAACGGCCCUGAUGCUGAUGUGCUGGUUGUGUAUGCCAAGACCAGCGCCAACACGGACAAGCCCCAGCAUGGAAUCAGUGCUUUCCUCAUUGAGAAGACCUUCCCUGGGUUCAGCACAGCUCAGAAGCUGGACAAGCUGGGGAUGCGGGGCUCCAACACAUCUGAACUCGUCUUUGAAGACUGCAAAGUACCAGCGGAAAAUCUGCUUGGCACUGAAAACAAAGGUGUCUAUGUACUAUUGUCUGGCCUUGACAUUGAGCGAGGUCUUGCGUCAGCUGGGUGUGUGGGAAUCAUGCAGGCAUGCUGUGAUGUGGCAUUCCAAUAUGCACAUGUUCGAGAAUGUUUUGGUUCCAAAAUUGGCCACUUCCAGAUGAUUCAAGCCAAGAUGGCUGACAUGUACACGAUCUUGAAUGCCAGCCGGUCAUAUGUCUACAAUGUAGCCAGGGCACUAGAUAGAGGAGAGAGACACCCUAAUGAUUGUGCCGGCGUGAUCCUCUACACUGCCGAGGCGGCCACCAAGAUGGCCCUGGACGCCAUACAGAUCUUGGGUGGUAAUGGUUACAUCAACGACUACCCCACGGGGCGUCUACUGCGGGAUGCCAAGCUGUACGAGAUCGGUGCCGGGACUAGUGAGAUCAGGAGGCUAGUUAUUGCCAGAGCCAUCAAUGCACACUACAGAUAGCUGGAUUGAUGGAUUGAUGGAUUGAUGGAUUGAUUGAUGUCACGCACACAGGGACUAGACAGGGACGUCAUUCUAGGUUAUCACACAGUUGUUGUAUACAUAUCACUUUGAUAGCUAAUAUUGCUGGUGGUAAUGUUAAUAUGACGUUCCAGAAGGGGCAUUGAAGAUGUGAACAAAAAGCCAUUAUUUUCCAAGAUAUAUAUAAUUACAAUAAUUGGGGUUAUAGUGUGCUGUAAAACAAAUUUCCAACAUAUACGUAGUCAGAAUUCAGUGAAGUCGAUCAAAGAAUAUUUGAAGUAGUUACUGUGGUUUGCUAAAUGUUGAUUGGGCCAGCAAGAACCUGUUUGUCAAGUAUAUGAUAUGGAAUGGUAUGCUCAGAUGUACUGUUAAAUCUGUCAGCCUUGGUGGCGCAUGUCUUGUAUUGUAAAUACAUCUUCAUAGUUACAUCUCAGGUGGUCUAGUGUAUGUGCUGUGUGUCCUCCCUGUAUAUAUUGUGUGAGUGUGAUAGCAGUGGUAACUCCUUUACAAUAGGGGCACUAUCAGGGCUUUUACUAUUGCAAUGGUAAACACUAUUGUGAUACUAACACAGUAUUUGCACCGCCAAUGCAUUAGUAUUGGAUACUGAUAUGUUUACUGUCUAUUAUUGAUAUUGAAGCACAACAUAGAUGAUAAUUAUUUAUAUGUUAACUUUCUAUCAGUGUUUUACCAUUGGUACUUGGAUAAUUGUGCCACAUUGAUUUAAGAAAUAAACGACGAGUGGGAGUUGUUUUUCAUGGUUUAUUCUCCCUGCAAUGUUUUAUUGUACGGUAAACAACGACCACUCAUUGUUUUUUUCUUUCUUUAAGGAUGUUAAUAAAACGUUCAUCCUUCAAAGAUAUUUACCUGUAAUUCAAUAAUGAUGACUCCAUGAAUUCAAUCCAAUCUCGGCAGUGUAGAACAAUUUCAUUUUAUGAUCGUGAUCGGGGGGGGGGGGGGGUAAUUUUGGAAUUUCCCAGAUAU